GAUCGGUUUGCUGGAUUUUGACCUCCACUUUUCAGCUCACUGCCGUUUCUCUGGACUCGCUCUUUGGAAGCACAAUUUCUAGACCGUUUUGGUCGUUUUUUCUCCUUAUUUCUGUGUGCAAAGACAUGCGUGUGUGAGCCUGAAAAGCCUGGAAACAUGAGGCGUUCGCUGUUGCUUCUUCUGGGGCUGCUGGUCCUCCAUCACAGCUGCAGCUUUGAGUUUGUGAUAGACGGAGAGUGGGAGGAUGAAGAGCCAGGAGUUCACGAUCAUCUGCAGAGACACAAGAGAGCAACGCUGACCAGCGAGGAGGAGGAGGACUUCCAGGCCAUCCGCGGAGAUGACAUCAAAGUGAAGAGCUACAGGGUGGAGAGCCGCAUCACUUCCCGCUUCGCCCACACCACCAUCAGAAGCUCGGUGGUCAACUCCAACGCCAGAGCUCAGAGCAUCGGCUUCAGCGUGCAGAUUCCCAAACGGGCCUUCAUCUCUAACUUCACCAUGAAUGUGAACGGCAUCACGUUUGUGGGCUCCGUGAAGGAGAAGACGGUGGCCAGGAGGCUGUAUGCGCAGGCCACAGCCAGAAACAAGGCGGCGGCCAUCAUCAGGGCUAACUCCCAGGACCUGGAGACCUUCAACACGGAGGUCCACGUUCCUCCUGGCAGUAACAUCGAGUUUGAGCUCCACUACCAGGAGAUGAUGGAAAGACGGCUUGGCUCAUAUGAACACCUGCUGUACCUGCAGCCUGGGCGGCUGGUCCCACAGUUCCAGGUGGAUGUGUACAUCUACGAGCCGAAGGGCAUCUCAAAGGUAGAAGCACACACCUCGCUUGGAGAGCGGUUUGAGGAGCUGAUUCAGCUCACAGUCACCAAAGAUAAGGCUCAUGCUGUGUUCAAGCCAAACUUGCAGCAGCAGAGAAAAUGUGAGAACUGCACUGACAGCGCCAUCGACGGCGUCUUCUCUGUGGCCUACGAUGUGACCAGAGACAGCAACGCUGGGGAACUGCAGGUUUCAGACCUUUACUUUGUUCAUUUCUUCGCCCCUGAAAACCUCUCUCCUCUUCCUAAAAACAUUGUUUUCGUCAUCGACGUCAGUGGCUCCAUGUGGGGGGUCAAGAUGAAGCAAACGGUGGAAGCCAUGACGGCUAUUCUGGACGACCUAAAAGACGAAGAUCGCUUCAGUAUCAUCGACUUCAACCACAACGUGCGCUGCUGGAGAGAGGACCUGGUCCCCGCUCAUUCCCUGCAGGUCGCAGACGCCAAGAGAUACAUCCAGAACAUCAAGCCCAAUGGAGGCACGAACAUCAACGAGGCGCUUCUCAGAGCAGCUCAGAUGCUAGUGAGGGCGUCCACUCAGGGCUUCGUUGACUCCUCCUCCGUCUCCAUGAUCAUCCUGGUGUCCGACGGAGACCCCACUGUGGGAGAGAUCAAGCUCAGCAAGAUCCAGAAGAACGUGAAGCGAGUGAUGACGGAGGAGAUCUCUCUCUUCUCGCUGGGCAUCGGCUUCGACGUGGACUACGACUUCCUGGAACGCAUCGCCAUGGAGAACAGGGGCACGGCCCAGAGGAUCUACGCCAACCAGGACGCCGCCAAGCAGAUCCGGGAAUUCUACAGCCAGGUGUCCUCUCCCCUGCUGAAGAGAGUCAGCAUUAAAUUCCCAGAGGACUCUGUGACCGAGGUCACCCAGAGCAACUUUGACAAGUUCUUCAGCGGCUCGGAGCUGGUGGUGGCCGGGAAGGUGCAGCUGACGGAGAGCGACACGCUGACCAGCAUCACCUCGGCAUCAGCUGCCGGCCUGGACCUCAGCUUGCAGACGGACGCGGACCUUACGGAGCUGGACCUGGAGCUGGCCAAGCAGCAGCACUCGUUCACCGGCUUUGCCAGACAGAUGUGGGCUUACCUGACCAUUAAACAGCUGAUCAGGGAAAGGUCUUUGGUUACAACAGUUGGAAAAAAGAGAAGAAUUACCAAACAAAUCACAGAGCUGGCGUUGCAGCACAGCUUCGUGACGCCGCUCACCGCUCUGCUGGUGGAGAGCGAGGACGCCACCGAGAGGCUGCUGUUCGAUUCGUCCAGGGACCCCAGGCAAGGCUGCUGCGCAGGGGGACAGGCGCCGUCUGGGCCUGUUCCUGCUGUUAAUGUGGUCUAUGCCCUUCCACCCCCCUGGGUCCAGGGCCCCACGCCGACCCCUGCAAGUCAGGCUAAGCCGGUUGUAGAGAAGAUGACUCUGCCUUCAACAGUUACCGUUGUGGACAGCGACCCUCACUUCAUCGUCCACCUGCCCAGAAGCAACAUGGACGUCUGCUUCAACAUCGACUCCAAACCGGGUCACAUCCUCAACCUGGUGUCCGACGCUGGAACAGGUGUCGUGGUGAACGGUCAGCUGAUCAGCUCCAAGCAGCCUCACAAGGACAAACUCAGCACCUACUUUGGCAUCGUCUCCGUCUACUACCAACCCGAAGGAGUCGGCGUGACGGUCAGCACCGACCGCAUCGCCGUGACUGACGGCAGGAACAACCACUCCUUCACCUGGGGGGCCACGGCUGAGAUAGCACAGGACGGUGUGACCGUCUCCAUCGUGAAGAACUCCCACGCCACCGUCACCAUAAACAACAGCAUCCGGGUGAUGGUGCUGCUCCACCGCGUGUGGAGGAAGCAUCCCGUCAACGUGGACUUCCUGGGGAUCUACAUCCCCAACGACAACCGGUAUUCACCGCUGGUCCACGGGCUCAUAGGACAGUUUUCCAGAGAGCCUCAGGUUAACGUCUACGACGUCCACGAGGGGCCCGACCCGCUGAAGAAGGAGGCCACCAUGGAGGUGAAGGGCCAGGUGCUGCUCGUCACCAGAGGCUGGCAGAAGGACUACAGACGCGACACGAAGCGCGGCAACAGCGUCUCCUGCUGGUUCGUCCACAACAGCGCCAAGGGCUUCAUCGACGGCCAUUACACCGACUACAUAGUGCCGCAUCUGAGCAGCUUCCUGCAGACGGCCUGAGCCACCGGCCCGGUUCCCCCGGCCCGGUUCCACCGGCCCGGUUCCCCCGGCCCGGUUCCACCCGGCCCGGUUCCCCCC